AGGCAAUCUUCCGGAGACAGGGCCAGAGGGCCAAGCGUGCCAGCCAGGAGCUGCUAUAAAUGCGGAGCCUGCACAGCUCUGGCAAACUCUGUGUGGCUCCUCGGCUUUGACAGAGUGUAAGACAGCUUUCGAAAUGUCUCAGCUGGAAAGCAGCAUAGAAACCAUCAUCAACACCUUCCACCAUUACUCUGUGAGGCUGGGGCACCCAGAUGCCCUGAACCAGAAGGAAUUCAAAGACCUGGUGCAAAAAGAGCUGCAAAACUUUCUCAAGAAGGAGAAGAGGAACGAACAGGACAUAAACCACAUCCUGGAGGACCUGGACACAAACGCAGACAAGCAGCUGACCUUCGAGGAGUUCAUCAUGCUCAUGGGAAGACUAACCUGGGCCUCCCACGAGCAUAUGCACAAGAAUGACCACGGCCCCGGCCACUGCCAUGGGCCAGGCCUCGGGGAGGGAAAAGGCCAUGGCCACUGCCACUAACCAGGAGGCCAGGCCACCCUGCCACUGCCCAACCUGGGCCCCUGCCUGACACUCAUCUUCCUGUUAUGCCAAACUGUCUUGGCUGUGAGGCUAGGGGCUAAGGGCAAAUAAAGUCUUCCUCCAAGUCA